CGCACCUAAGCCCAGAGGGUCACUCACCCUGGAGGGAGCCUGUUGCCUAUCGCUGGGCCCUGCCCCAUGCCCGAUGAAGAAGCUGGUGGAGAUGUCAGUGGAAGGAGAGCCCGAGGGAGAUAAGGUCGGCCUCUUGAAGCCCGAGUUCCUGGCCCCUUCCCAGGGGGGGAAGGCGGAGGUCGUGGGGCAGGGAGGUCCUGUCAGCCAGCAGCCUCGCCUCGGCCUCAAGGACGAGCUGGGGGGAGAGGAGGAGAGCGGAGGGGGAGGUGGAGGAGGAGGAGGAGGUGCUGGUGGAGGUGUGGUGGUGGUAGCACGGCCAAGGAAUGGCAUUCAGCCUCUCCAGCAACAGCAACAGAGGGCCUACAAGAGACGCAACACGUUCAACGUGGGCUUCAAGCACCCAGGCUCCAAGCGCAGACGCAGAGCCAACUCGGACUGUGACCCCGUCCUGCCCAGUAACUUCCUCUUGGGGGGCAACAUUUUUGACCCCUUGAACCUCAACAGCCUGCUGGACGAGGACGUCAACAAGGCGCUCAACGCCGAGACCCCCAAGUCCUCGCCGCUGCCCUCCAGGAACCGGGACCCCGUCGAGAUCCUCAUCCCCAAGGACAUCACCGACCCCCUCAGCCUGAACUCGGGCAACGACUCCGAGGUCCUCCCGUCCCCGCUCAAGGUGGUCCGCAAGCGACGGCACCGGCACUACCACCACCCGCCGGCUCCCCAUCCUCCUCCCCCCCCGCCCUCGGGGCAAGCCGCGGACACCACCGGCAAAGCCCCCGGCAGAGCAGCCCCCCACCCGCCCACGGCAGCCGCCACGGCGGCCCCUCCUCAGGACUGCCCGGCGAAGGAGAACGUGUCGGCGGGGGGCGAACCCCAGGAAGGUCCGCAGCCGUACGAGCUGAACACGGUGAUCAACUGCCGGGACGAGAUCGUGUCUCCCGUGCUGCGGGGGGCGGAGGCGGGCGGCGGCCCAGGCUCGGGCUCCGGUUCCCGUCACCGCAAGAGGAGGCGGACCACCAGCCGGUCGGAGGCGGUCAAGCCGGGGGCCGGGGGGGCAACGGAGGAGCAGCAGCAGCGAGCCCCGGGCUCCGAGCUGAAGAAAACCACCCCGGAGAAGGGCAAGGGGAAGGCCUCUCAGCACCACCACCAUCACCACCACCACCAGAACUCGCACAGGCCGCCCGGCCCCGGGAAGGACAGCAGCCGGAACUUGCCCAACUUCAAGAGCAAGCAGAAGAAAUUCCAGUACGGGAACUACAGCAAGUAUUACGGCUACCGGAACCCGGGCCGCGGGGAGGACCCCCGGCUGUGCGUCCUGAAGCCCCACUGGUUCUCGGGCAAGGACGUGCUGGACUUGGGCUGCAACUCGGGCCACGUGACCCUGAGCAUCGCCAAGCACCUGAAGCCCUCGCGCAUCGUGGGGCUGGACAUCGACGGGGCCCUGGUGCACACGGCCCGGCAGAACAUCCGCCACUUCCUGUCGCAGGACCUGCUGCCCCCCCGGGGCCCCGGCCAGGCCCCCCGGCAGUUCCCCCUCUCGCUCACCAAGUGCAAAGGCCCCAUCGCGGCGCCCCCCGUCUGCCUGGACGCGUCGGGGCCGGAGUUCCCCAACAACGUGGUCUUCUUCCAGGGGAACUAUGUGCUGGAGACCGAUGAGCUGUUGGACACGCAGAAGCCAGAGUACGACGUGAUCCUGUGCCUGAGCCUCACGAAGUGGGUUCACCUGAACUGGGGGGACGAAGGUCUCAAGCGCAUGUUCAAGCGCAUUUAUAGGCACCUGCGCCCGGGAGGCAUCUUCCUCCUGGAGCCUCAGCCCUGGUCUUCCUACGGCAAACGGCGGAAACUCACGGAGACAAUCUACAGGAACUACUUCAAGAUCAGUUUGAAGCCAGAACAGUUUACGUCCUUUCUGCUGUCCUCUGAGGUUGGCUUCUGCAGCUACGAGUUGGUGGGAACUCCUCUAAGCACAUCCAAAGGGUUCCAGCGCCCUGUUUACCUGUUUCACAAGAGUCGUCCGUCCAGCAGCAGCAACUGAAGAGACUUUGGGGGGGUUGGGGGG